CACAUCCCUCCGCGUUGUGUCCCCUACUGUCUCCACGAGCUUUACCCGGAUUCCUGCCUUACCGCUGGACAUAAUGGCGUAUACAGUUUAAAAUCCCCAUCGGGGCCAUUUUCAGUUCCAAAUCAAGUGCUGUAUUGAUCGCUCAUGUGAUGGAUCCACUCUAGGGGGGAGAGAAAGUGAAUUAAAGCAAGAGACAGACAUACAAGACAAAUUUACAGGAAACACCUGGAAUACUGAGACCCUCACAUUGGACAGGACAAACCUCCCCCUUCUUUUAUCCAGUCUUCCUGUUGUGAAAGAUGAGUGCUGUUUUUGCUAAACUGGACCCCAGGAGGAUUGAAUGGGAGUCGUCCUGGUAUGGACUCCAUUCAAGAAUCCUGCGCACCAAACCUGUGGAUUCCAUGCAGGAGGGAUCUGAUGACCUGCAUGGCACUAAACUUGCCCAGGUGCUCUCUACGGUGGAUCUGGUGUCACUUGGGGUUGGCAGCUGUGUUGGUACCGGCAUGUAUGUGGUUGCUGGGCUCGUUGCUAAGGAAAUGGCAGGACCUGGCGUGAUCUUGUCCUUCAUUAUUGCAGCUGUGGCAUCAAUUCUGUCAGGGGUCUGUUAUGCUGAGUUUGGUGUCAGGGUGCCCAAAACAACAGGCUCCGCCUACACCUACAGCUAUGUCACAGUAGGAGAAUUUGUGGCCUUUUUCAUUGGUUGGAACCUCCUUCUGGAGUAUAUGAUUGGUACAGCAGCAGGUGCCAGUGCGCUCAGCAGCAUGUUUGACUCUUUAGCCAAUCACACCAUCAGCCGCUACAUGAUCAACCAUCUUGGAACACUGAAUGGUCUGGGUAAGGGAGAGGAAUCUUAUCCAGACCUGCUGGCUUUGCUCAUCGCCAUGUUGGUGACAGUGAUUGUGGGUUUAGGGGUGAAAAACUCAGUGAGCUUUAACAAUGUGCUCAAUGUGGUUAACCUGAUCGUGUGGAUCUUCAUGGUCCUUGCUGGCCUUUUCUUCCUCGGUGGAGCCAACUGGGAAGAUGGCAGGUUUCUGCCCUAUGGUUGGUCAGGGGUCAUGCAAGGAGCUGCAACCUGUUUCUAUGCCUUCAUUGGCUUUGACAUUAUUGCCACCACAGGCGAAGAAGCCAAGAGCCCGAACACUUCCAUUCCAUACGCAAUAACAGCCUCUCUCAUCACUUGUCUCACAGCAUAUGUCUCCGUAAGUAUUAUUUUGACAUUGAUGGUGCCAUACAACCUGAUUGAUGGAGAUGCUCCACUUAUGGAGAUGUUUGCGGUUCAUGGCUUCCUAGCAGGCAAGUAUAUUGUAGCAGUGGGAGCUAUAGCAGGCCUCACUGUCAGCCUUCUAGGAUCUCUGUUUCCUAUGCCCAGAGUCAUCUAUGCCAUGGCAGGAGAUGGUCUGCUCUUCAGGUUCCUGUCCUUUGUGAGUCCCCACACAGAGACCCCCAUGGUAGCCUGUGUCAUAUCGGGGUCUCUGGCUGCUCUGUUGGCUCUUCUGGUGAGUCUGAGGGACCUGAUUGAGAUGAUGUCAAUCGGCACGCUGCUGGCCUACACGCUGGUUUCGGUGUGCGUGUUGCUUCUGCGGUAUCAGCCCGAUAGGGAUGGCUUCAACAGUUUCCUUACCGAGGAGGAAGAGGAGGAACGGAGAAGGAAGGAGGAGAUGAUGGUAGCCAGUGAGAAAGACAUGCAUAUUAAUUCUGGUGGUGAGGACUUCAGCGACAACGCCUGUGGGGCCAAGAACCUCCCCUCGAAGGGCGAUGACGAAACGUUGAUUGGAAAGUCGGAUUCGGGGGGAUACCAGUCAGAAAACUCUGGCUAUGGAGUAGGAGAGAACGAAACGGAGGCGGAAGGAUCUGAUAGCGCCCUGGUGGGCGUCUUAAAACGUGUCCUGGGCUCUCACUAUUACACCCUACGGGUGCGUCUGGGCUUGCCGAACUCGGGUGAUAGGCCGACACCUGCGACAGGACGUACCGUCACUUCCUGCGUUCUCCUCUUCUUUGUCUUAACUUUCUUUUUGUGGAUCCUUGUCAUAUACGGCUUCGAGCAGGUCUCAGGAGGGGCUCGUUGGGCAAUAAUGCCUUUUAUAAUGACUGUAAUUGUCCUGAUGGUAACUCUGGUUAUUAUUAUUCUUCGGCAGCCGGAGAACCCUAAAAAGCUGCCUUACAUGGCGCCCUGCGUGCCUUUCGUGCCAGCAGUGGCCAUGCUGGUGAACAUCUACCUCAUGCUCAAGCUAUCCAGCAUCACCUGGGUGCGCUUUGUAGUGUGGUGCUCCCUAGGUGUGCUGAUCUAUUUUAGUUACGGCAUGUGGAACAGCUCCCUGGAACUCAGCGCUAGAGAAGAAGCGGCCCAUGCCAGCUCUUACCAGAGGUAUGACACGGAGGUAGACGACAGCUUUAAUGUGGACGAUGACUUGCAUCCUCAGGAGGAUGAACAGGAAGGACAGUACCAGGGCUGGGCAGCUGAGGAGAUGGACUGUCAGUACCAAAACCAAUAUCAGUAUCAUGAACAAAGAUCCUCGUCCGACAAUUCCAGAAGCAAAGGCAGGACCAACAGAGGCUUCGAGGAACUGGCCAAUGAAGAAUAUUCACCUGAGUGAGCAUUACGGACUAAACAGCUCUCUGCAUUAUAGACAAACUUAACGAGGAUGGAUUUGGGUGACCAUGAUUUAGAUUUUGACAUAGUAGGACAUCCUUGUUGGUUCUGGUACAACAAUCUUACCGACCAAUCAGAUUUUAGGGCAUUUUUAGAGUUGGGAAUUGAACAUCAUUCCUUUUAACUUUUUCUCUGGGAAAUAUGUUGAUUUCAGGAACAUGUCCUAUUUGCAAUUCAUGGUCAUGCUUCCUACCUAGACAGCAAAGAUAAUUGAUUUAAUGUUGAAUCAAUGUUGAGAAUAAGCAAUUUAACGUUGAUCUAACAAAAAAUCAAUUGUCUUUGCUAUCUGUGUAUUAAUAACAUCUUUGAGUGUUGUUUUUUCUUUGUGAACAUUAGAAAAUAAUUAUUUCUAAACAGGUACCCAUACAGUAUUUAGAGGGACGUUUUACACUUUACACCAGUUUGGUUUUUAUUAACAGUGCCUUUAAAUAACCCCAUUAUAUUGCUGUUUUAAUAUGAAUAAUAAAUAUAUACUUAUAUACUCAUUAGAAUACAGUCUGAUGCGAGCUAAUGUCUCAGUUUUGGUUUACAAUGGCUUUGUUUUCGUUCAUUUGUAUUAAAUACAAU